AUGGAGGAACCGCAAAUCAACAGCAAUGGCACUGACAACGGGGACAUUGACCUUUCGCACCACCUAUCAGAUGAGGCUAGGAAUCGAGUUGCCAACCCGCUGAAAGAUAUCAUACGGGUGAUCAGCGAAUGCCCAGUCAUUGAUCUAAUCAGUAUGGCAAACGGUGAUCCUCAUCAUUCGCUCUAUCCUUUUCGGCAAAUUAUGUACGAAGUGCCAUCUGUACAGGACGCACCUGAUCCAGUCACCUCAUGGCGGAACAACUCCGGGCUCGCGCAGAUCAUACGUUCCUACAAAGAUAAGGAGUGCGCACUAUCUAUUCGCGAUGCCUUCCCGUAUUCCCGGGCUGCUGGACUUCAACAGUGCAUAGAUGUACUCACUGACUUCACGAAGCUGAUGUUCGCUCCGCCGAAUCAUCAUGUGAUGUUGACAUUGGGGAACUCUGAUGGUAUCACGAAGGUUUUUCGCCUAUUCGGGGAGAAGGGAGAUCAUUUCUUGACUGAUGAGUUUUCUUUUCCCAGUAUGACAAACUCUCCUCUCGCAUACGGCGUCAAGUGGGUUGGUGUUAAGAUGGAUCCUGGUGGCAUCAUUCCUGAGGAGCUGGAAAGAAUCCUCGCCAAAUGGGACGAGGUGAAAUCAGGGCGACGACCUCGCGUUCUCUAUAUUGUCCCGGUUGGCCAGAACCCUACUGGAUCAACGUUGACCGUGGAUCGUCGCAAGAAGAUCUAUGCCAUUGCACAAAGAUGGGAUUUAAUUAUCAUGGAAGACGAUCCUUACUAUUUCCUGCAAUAUGAUAUCCCUCAAACAAACUGCGCGUCAACAGAUCCUGAUGAAUUUAUUAAGAAUUUUCGAAGCACCUUGAUACCUACAUUCUUGUCAAUGGAUGUUGACGGCCGUGUGCUUCGUAUCGAUACGUUCAGCAAAGUGCUUGCCCCAGGAAUGCGAUUGGGUUGGAUCACAAGCAAUAAACUUUUCCACCAAAAGUUGGCAGAUUAUACCGAUUCAUCGACCCAGCCGCCACACGCCUUCGGGCAGAUGUUCGUCACCGAGAUGCUUAGCGAACAUGGCUGGAAAGUCGAAGGUUUCUGUCGCUGGUUGAAAAGCUUACGCAUGGACUACCAAAGCCGCCGUGAUUUCCUCCUCGACGUUUUUUCGGCGCGAAGGAUGUUUGUGUGGAUAGAAGUUUUUUUCGAAAGACAUCCUCGUUUCGUUCGCGAACAGUAUUCUGGUGGCUCGCCUGUUGUUGCACGGACUAAUACGGAACAGCUCCUGAAGGAGCUUUUUGAGAGGUUGAUGAAUACACAGGGCGUUGUAUUCAUACCGUCUUCUACGUUCGCUAUUCCAGAAAAUCCCUUAUGGGUGGAAAGCGACGGGCAUGUGCCAUUGAGCGAUCGCAACAGGUUUCUACGCGCAACGUUCGCUGGUACUGAGGAUAUCAUCGAGAAGGGCAUGAUACGCCUUGGUAACGGUUUGCGAGAAUUCUUUCAAGAUUAG